AUGAGUUUUCCGUGGUUCAGGAUGACAUUACUAGGAGGCAGUCUGAUGGGUCUUGGUUAUCUUUUGAUGAGCGCGACCGUGCCUACACCUGAACAGACAUAUGCCGCGAUGUCACCUGAUUUGCGGCGAAAGGUCGACGCAAACCGUGCAGCCAGACUCGUCCAAGAGCAAAUCAUAAAACGUCAAAUAGAUGCUCAGAGCAAUCCAGAUGCGGGAAAACCUAUUUGGGCCGACCAACAAAAUCGGCGGUAA